AUGAAGUUCGGCCAGACGCUCCGAGCUGCGCAGUGGCCGCCUUGGGACGAGGUCUACAUCCCAUACAAGUCCCUCAAGAAGGUCCUCAAGGCGGGCGCCGCAGGCGAGGCGGGGCUCGGAGCUACAGAGGGCAGCUUCGUUGCGAAGCUUUGCGACGCCGUCAGCAGCGUGGACGCGUUCUUCACUGCGCAAGUCGGACUCCUGACCAGGCGUCUGGCCGCGCUGCGGACGGCGUCGCAAGUGUCGGGCGCCGAGCUGGCGGCCGUCUCUGAGGAGAUGGACGUCCUCUGCUCCGGUGUUGACUGGCUGAGAGGGUAUGCCGAGCUAAACCGCGUCGCGGUGCGCAAGAUCUUGAAGAAGCACGACAAGUCGUCGCAAAUCGCGCUCACGCCGUCCCUCGGGCCCUGGGUCGAACGCCGCGCCUUUGCGUCGCUACGAGGCCUGGACGCGUUGUUGCGCGCAGCCGAGAAUUUCCUCGCGCUGCUGGUCGCGCCGCUGGACGGCCGACGGUCGGGCCAGGCGGCGGGCCCGAACGGCGCUCAAGCGGCCUGCGGCGGCGCACCCGCCGCCGCCAAGGUGGAGCCGCCCGCGUCGAUCGUGUGGCAGCCGAGGCCGCGGGGCGCGGAGGUGCUGCCGCCUCCUCCGACUCGUCUGCCCUCCACCGUCGGCGCCGGCUCUAGCGUCGCCGAGGCUGCCAGCGCAGCGGCGCACGGGGCUCACAGGGAGACGGCCGAGCGAUGCGCGUUGCUGCUCACCACCUUGACCCACGCGAGUCCCGGCCAAAUGAGCCCCAGUCCGGCCGUCGCCGACACGGCGCUGCUCCAUCGUCCAGAAAUCGUUUGA